AUGGGUCCGUGCCCAUUUCUGAACGUGGUCGCAGUUGUCGUGCUGUUCCUCGUCGUUAGAGCAACGGCCUCGUACAAUGACAUUCAGCUCAGCAAGAGCUUUGGCAAGAGUACGAGAGGCGAUGCGUUCUCGGACAUUUCGAAGGUCACGUUGGCAACGAGGCUGAGUGCCGUCACUCUUCGGGGAAACGAACGAGUUGACCAAGUGACGCUGCGAACAUCGUCGCCGAGGGAGCAGACGUGGACUCACGGUGGUUCAGGAGGUACGGACGACACCCUUCUUCUCACUCCCAAUGAGUACAUCACGUCGAUGGAAGUCCAUUCGGAGGACAAGCUGUUUCGACGAGAACGUGUUGUCUACCUCAAACUGAGCACAAACCUCGGCCAUUCCAUUGCGAAAGGGUCUACAACGAAACACGCGACGGUUGUGCGAGCCCCCGAAGGCUUUCAACUCAGCGGGUUCUUUGGUCGAGCAGCAGGAGAAGUUUUCACUAUCGGAGCCAUUUGGACAAGGAUCAAUGCUACGUAUUUGAAUCUCACGGACGAUAUGGGCACGGAAUGGUAUGGCAAGAAGAUCCGAAAUUGGGUGGGGCCAACGAUUGGCGAUGCCUUGGACUCAGCAUGCUACCGAAAGGUGCAUCCACUUAGCAGGGACAACCGCUGUCCCCGUGGUUACGCAAAAACGGCCACCAAUUGCAUUGUAGAAUGUCCGCUCGCAUACCCGGUGCAAUGCCAUUUGGAAUGCAUUCCACAAAAUGAUGAUUGUCUCAUUGAGAUUGCUCAGAAAGCUGUGUCUGUGGUGGCAGUCUUCUUCAACGCAGCAACGGUUGGCUUGUUCGGCGAAGUUAAAGCCGCGUACAAGUCGGCACAUCGAACUUACUUGUGUGCUGCUGGUAUGGUCAGCGUGCUCAAGUCCCUCAUCUACUACCUGAGAUUCCGCAAAAUGACUGAUCCUGCCGGAACAGUCGAGGAGUUGCUAGCCGUUGCGUACCAGAGCGACGUUGUGCUGGUGGACUUGCCGAUCGCAGUCUGCACUUGCUUAGGCCUUCCUGUUGCGUAUAAAGUGAGGGUUGCGGGCGUCGUAAUCGUCGUUGUGGAGAACGUCAUCAAGCAGGCUAUUAUCAACGGAGACUUAGUCUUAUCGUCCGCGAGAAAUGUGAUCGCUUUCCUCACAAAUGUCAGCUUGAUCAGCUGGACGAAUGCUAAAGUCAUGGCUGAAUUCCAAGACUUCCUUGACUCCAACUCGACCUGCGGAUACCAGAUCAAAAGCCUAACGGACCGUGUCAGCAAUUUCGUCCAUAAAGUUCGCAAGAAAAUAUCCGGUGUCACUAACGCCGACAUUCGGGUGAUGAUCAGUCGUUCUCCACUUGUACAAAACACUGUACCAGUCGUCACAAACAACUGCAUGCAUGAGGUCUUAGGAGAUAAGACGAUAGAGGCUGCAUUCCAGACACGAGACUUGCUUCGGAAGACGAUGGGAGUGAUCAUUGAUCAGCUCAUCGAAACGAACACAACUGACAUGGGAGCUUCAGUUGCAAAGGAUGAAACUAUGGUCGGAUCCCUGAACCUUGGAUUGGUCGUUCUCUCCGGCCUCGAUAUCACAGGCAUCCUCUGGAUGGCCUCCCAAUUUGUACAGCCGACGUGUGGACCGACGUCUUUUAUCGGGGACAUUGACGAUGGCACUUUGUUUGAUGCGCUGGGAUUGACUACCAAAAACGGAGCGUUUAUAGGCAGCUACGGAGAUUGGACGAAGGAAGGUGACGGUAUGAUGGUCCUCCACUUUGCGAGUUCUGACACGAAGGACGUGAAAGUGAUCAUUCACUCUGGCGGUGUCAGAGUCGCAGUGGUGAAAGUGCCUUCGCAGGGUUCACUGACGUGGAGUGCCACCAUAGCUCAGCUGCAAGACAAGACGUUAUACAUUGACCGGUGGCGAAACAAUAUGGUGGGAAUACCAGUAUCUAGUGGAGGCUCGCUGCUGCUCUGGGUCCCACGGUCGUCUAAGGGCGGACAUUUGGAACUGAACGUGCACAUCAAUUCGACGUAG